UAAAGGCGGAGUGAGAGCUCUCGCCUUCUCCUCUUCUCUGAGUGCCAGGCAGACUGAGGACAACAUGGAUCCAAACACGACGAUUCUGAGAGUCAAGAGAAAAAGGGGCACCGACCCCGCGGAUGCUUUGUUGCUGGCAUGCAAACGUAUCCGACCGGAGACGUCCCAGAGCACCGUCGAGACGGUACCGGAGCCCAAUGAAGCCGAGGUGGAAAACUCCGUCUUCAAACUCGUGGCGACCGUAGCGACGCAGGAUGCCCCCGUUCAGACGCAGGUUCGACAGGCCUUGGCCCGGCCUCGCAUGGCCCAUGCGCUGCGCCCAUCUGCUGGCAGUUCACAACGGAUCACCGGGGACCUACGGAGCACAAAGUGGAGCACCCGGAGGGAGGAACGCUACAGAAUACUCUCCAGCCACCGCACAGGGCUGCCGAGCCCAGCUGAGCAGCAGGAUCCCCAGACAGAUGACUCUGAGAGUGUAGAGGAACCCGGGAAACACCAGGAUAAAUGUUUGGGUCUUGGUGAAAUCCAGGUGGUUGAUCUCAUACAUGAGGAUGGACAAGGCGAGGACAAAUCAUCUGGCAAGACGCAGACCCCAGACCCAGAAGUGAUCCUGUGCAACAACACAAAGCUGCUGCGGGAGCGUCUGAGCAUAUCUGGGGAGAGAGCCGGGGAAGAGCACCGGGAGCAGGAAGAUGACUACGUCUACGAUCUUUACUACCAGGAAACAGUCACACCCGGAUGGAUCCAGGACAUCCUGUCUGUCAGGGCCUACGCUGAUGAGGGAGAACUGGUGCCCGACCUUGUGGUUCAUGAAGAGGAGGUGUAUGAAGAUGAUGACGACGAGAACGAAGAAGGCAACUGGAGGAAUGACUACCCUGAUGAGGAGAGUGACUCAGACAGCGACAGAGAGGAGCGCUACGGUGGUUACUGGGAGGAGGAGCACUCGUACAGCCGGAGGAGCUGGGAGCGCUACCAGAGGGAAGUGCUGCAUGAGCGUGGUGAAGAUGACGACGACGAUGAUGAUGAUGAUGGGAACAAAUAUGAUUCCGAUUGAUCUACCCCUUUAACCCAUCUGUCUGUGGAUCCCCUUUUCAUGAAUAACACCGUACUCCAUAGACCUCUGUGUAGGGAAAACAAAACAUCAGAAAGGCACUUAUGUGUAGCACUCAUCACUGUUUAAUAAUGAGGUCCAAUAACAAUCCCCUAUGCAUCAAAACAAUACAUUCUAUGUGCCAAUGUUAAAAAUUGUGACUGAACCACAGAGCAUUUAGUCCUCUCACUGUUCAGAGAAUUGCACACGUACCCUACAUCAGGUCCAUCCCUCUCUUUGCUACACAGAUGUUGAAGGAGCAGGUGUUAUUUCCAGCAGGACCCAGUGUCUUUUUUUUUUUUUUUUUUUUUUUAAAUCUGUGGUGGAGUGAAUUUGUGUGUGUGUGUGUGUGUGUGUGGGUGUUUGUUCAAAGUGGAUGUGUGUGUGUUAGAAAUGUUGCACAUCAGUGUGAUUUGCCUCGUAUGCUUUGUGCUGUUAACACUUCUGUUAGUGAGACGUCUCGGGCCGCGUGUGGUUGCAAUUUAGGGUGUUUGCAUUUUGUGCAUGGUAGUGCGUGUACGUACAAUUGUGUGUUAGAUUUUGCAUAAUGUGAAAGCGUGGUGCAUAAUUUUUUUUUUUGUUGUGGGUGUGUGAGUUUGGUUCAGAAAUUCUCCCUUUUUGAAAUUCCGAUUGUUUCUCUUGAAUGCUUGUUGAAUUAAAAAAAAUACAACUUUUUUUUUGUAAAUAUGUAGAUGUGUAUAAAAAGAAAGCUUUCAAAAUAAA